AAGAGAGAGAUGAUUAUAUGGUUAGAUGAUGAAAUAUAGUUUUUUUUUAUUAUAGGGUCAAAUUUCCUAUAAAUAUUUAUCCUAAAAUAUACAGUACAAAUGGAACGAGCUUGAAAAUCCUCUUAGAAUGCAAGUUGGGCAUUAGAACAUCUCCAAUGUAUAAUUCCAUUUUUUUCUUCAAAAUGGAGUAAAAGUGAAAAUAGAGUAAACUUUCUCCAACUCUACUUCAUUUUCCACUUCAUAAUGCAGUGAUGAACAAACAAAAAAUAGAUUACUCCAUUUAUGGAGUAAAUUUCAUUAUGGAGUGAGAUAUGAAGUUGAGUUAAAGCAUUUUUUACUCCAUAUUCACUUUUAUUUCAUUUUAGAGAAAAAAAAUAGAGUAGAGAUGAAGAUGCCCUUACAUCCUCCAAUAUGGUGUCGGUUCUAAUCAUCUAGCUUAUCCAAAAAUUAAAAUAAAAUAUUGUGAUUCUCAUUAUAUAGUUAAUCCACCCAAAUUAAAUACCACUCUGAUUAUGUGACCUUUAGAGCAUCUCCAAUGUAUAUCUUUAUAUUAGCAAAUCCAACUCUAUAAUAGAGAUCUUUAUUUUAGAAGAAAAUAUAGAAGAAUCCUACUUUUUACCUCUAUAUUUAGAGAUGAAAAUAACAAAUCUCUAUAUUUUCCCCUAUAAAUAGAGGAAUUCUAUUAUAAAAGCAUACAUUGAAGCAAAUUCACCUCUAUAAUAAAGUUUUUCUAUUUUGGAGAAAAAUAUAGAAAUAAAAAUAAAGGUGGGUUGGAGAUGGUCUCACAUGGUGUGACUGAAUACUUUUUUAUAUGCCAUCCUUCAAUGGUCACGUAAAAGCCCCCCGUAACACUCACAAAUAUCAAAACUUAAUAUUUUUUCUUUCAGAUUUUAGUAUUUUUCUUCUUAUUAGUAUUAGGCAUUUGCAAGGUUUUUUUAUUUUAUUUUUAUCAGGUAAAAAAUUUCAUUGUCAAAUAUUUCGCAAGACUAAAAAUGAUAUUUGAAAACGUAGAAAGAAUAUAUAAUUGGAUUAUGUAUAUAUCUUUGAAAAACUUACAUAUAGGUAAGAAAAUAAUAGAUACAUCAUUCCAUCACCACUGCUGCCUAUAUAUGCAACUGAAUGGUUUCUCCUAUCUUCUAUCUGCAAAUGUAACAAUCGAGUGUCCACGAUUUGAAGAAAUGGAGGGUUUUAAUUAAUUAAAGCAUAAACAUAAACAUACACAAGUUCAGAAAAACAAAACAAAUCCAAUUAAAUAAGGGAAGAAGACUAGUAUUCGUUGACGACAAGAGUAGAGUAGACUCUAGCUAUAGCUACAAGUUUUGAAGAAAUCUAAUAACCAAAUCUCAGUCAUUUUACUUACAUCAUCAUGGAUCAUCAUUAACCACAUGAGGCUGAGCAGAUAUCGAACGUGUGACUGCGAUGUGGAAGUAAAAGGACGAGGCAACGCGCGAGUUGGCAGGUGCGCGUGAGAUUAGGGUUUUAGGGCAGAAAUACGGAAAGAGACAGAGAUUUAUUUGGAAGAGAACAAAUAAAAAAUCAAAAUUUGAUCCUCGUGAUCGGAGAUUUUUUGCAGUGAUGACUGUACUCUUCUUCAUCUCCUCUCUCACCCCUUGUCACGUGGGCUAAAUUUUGACCAUCAACAUCACAUCACUCUCUCCUUCUUCUACUUCUUCGAGUAUUUUGCAUGUUUGGUUUUACUCCACAAGAAGAUAAUUUCAAAUCCUUUUUACAAUUAUGUAAGAUAUAGGAAACAUUCGUGUGUGAGUGACAUAAUCAUUAGUACUUUUAAAAGUAAUAAUCAAUUAACAAGAGUUUGUAUGUAUGAUAUAUGGUUGUCCAAAACUUGCAUGUUUUUCAACCGAUCCCACCAUCUCAUUUAUUAACACUAAGAUCUAACCAAAGUUUUUUUUGUCAAACAGAUCUAGCCAAAGUUUAUUCUGAAGAUUAUCGAAGCCUCUAAAUGAAUGAUUUCGAUUUUCUACAUAGUUUCGAGCUUUUCUUAAUUACAAAUCUAUUUAAAUUUCCCCUGUAAUUUUUUUUUUCAUAACUCGUGAAUCAUCGAAUAGAAGUUUACACUAAUUCUCGUAAUUUGGGAAAGAGCCGUGUAUUAGCGUUACUAAAUUCGUUAUUUUCAGGGUAGACCAUCCAGACCAUAUAAUACUAUAUUACCACUAAGUACAUUUGUUUGUCUUCUACAUAUUUUUAUAAUGUAUGUCGUCAUGUAAUUUCUAUACCUUGUCAUCCUUUUUUUUGUAAGGGCUAAUCACCUCCUUAAGGAAUGUCUUUGUUAUACUAAAUAUAGAAAAACAUGAGCUAAUUAACUCAAAAUAAGUCUAUUUGAUUCAAUUGAUUAUCGACAUAGUCAGAUACCGUAAGUUUAUUUUUUUACUUUGCUGUAAAACUUGAUGAACUGGUACAUCGUAUUUUGUAAUAAAAAAACAUUUAAAAGCAAACUAACCCCACUUGAUUAAAUGAUACUAUAAAUUAAUAUGUUCUUCGUAAAAAGCUGCGUCCCCACAUAUUCUAUUGAUUUUAAAUAUUCGUUUUACUAAAAACCUGCGUAUACACUUCUGAUUCUAUAUAUAGGUGUGAGACCCUCUUCUAUUUUCUUCACUUCACUCCACUCCAACGUAAAAACCUGCUACUUCAAUCUAUCUCUUCAGAGUUUCUUUAUCUUCUCUUAAUUUACACUUAGGGUUUUCAAAGUUAGAGAGAGAGAUGAUGCAGACUCCCUACAAUACUUCAAUGCAGGGGCAGUAUUGUCAUUCUUGCGGAAUGUUCCACCACCACAACCAAAGCAGCUGCUACAACAACAACAACUCCAACGCCGGCUCUUACUCAACGGUCUUUUCCAUGCAAAGCGGCGGCGUUUACGAGCCUAAUGGCGAGGAUUAUUACUCUUCCUCCGUCGUUGACUGCACUCUCUCUCUUGGAACUCCUUCCACACGCCUUUGUGAGGAGGAUGAGAAACGCAGACGCUCUACUCCUUCUGGUGCGUCUUCUUGCAUCUCCAACUUCUGGGACUUGCUUCAAAACAAAAACAACAACAACUCCAAAAUGACGCCUAGUAACGUUCCUUCUUACUCCAUUGCUAAUUCCAUCAAGCCAGGACGCGGUUGCUCCGGUGGCAACGGCAGCGGCGGUGGCGACUCUCUCCUUGCCAGACGCUGUGCCAACUGUGACACAACCUCAACUCCACUAUGGAGAAAUGGUCCUAGAGGCCCUAAGUCCCUAUGCAACGCAUGCGGCAUUCGUUUCAAAAAGGAAGAGAGAAGAACCACGGCGGCUUCAGUGAACGCGGUCGUCGGAGCUGCACCCGUAGCAGUUGAUCAUUACAGUCAUCACAACGCCGGCUACAACAACUACAGUAUUGCAACUGGUAACAACAAUAAUGGUACUUCGUGGGGUCAUCACACGACUCAGAGGGUUCCGUGCAACUAUCCGGCAAACGAGAUUAGGUUCAUGGAUGAUUACGGCGGCGCUGGAGCUAAUAACUGUGAUUCUGAUGGUGGUCACGGCGGCGUUCCGUUUCUUUCGUGGAGGCUUAAUGUGGCGGAUAGGGCAAGUCUUGUCCAUGACUUCACCAGAUAAAAAAAGGAAAGAGCAAUUUACGUUAGAUUUUAAAAUUUCCAUGUGGUUUUUAUUAUAUUAUGUCUAAUUUAAAAAAAAAAAGUAAGAAAUGUUUGGAAAAAAAAGAUAGAAGUGACGAUGUUAAUGGUAUUGAAAGCGACGGUCUAACUUA